UCCAACGGCACAUUGAUUAAUAAUCUUCACACAUGCUGCGUCUUUCAUGUUAUUUUUAGAGCAGGGGAGGGAAGGGGUGUGAACGUGUGGGAUUAAAAGGCUUUUUAUAAAAUGACCCAGCCGCAGAUAUGCCUUCUCGAGUCCUAGUUUGGAGUUAACUUUCCCAAUGGUUUAAUUGCCUUAAAAUAAACUGGGUCUGGAGACUGGCCUGUGGUGUGGAUGGAAACUGUCCCAGCUCUCGCCCCGCAACCGCCUGUGGAGUUGCCGAGUUUCCGCAGUGUUAUAUUAACACGUUUAAGGCUGUAGACGUUCGACUGUCUGAGCUUUGGUCAUGUAUGGAAAUGUAAGCGUUGAGGAGUAACAUUGACAUCGUGGGGAAAGGAGCCAAAGAUUUGUUAAUACCGACAGGUGAUAUACUUCUGGAGUCUACUAGAUUUUUAUCCCGCUGGUUUCCUCGGAGGAAGAGGGAACGUGUCAACGGUGACGUUAUUCUACAGAAUUGGAAAAAAUCGCAACUGGAUCCACACACAAAAAUGUGACAACCCCUCCUCUACAUGUUUCAGAGCAUAAUUUUAUUUUUUUGCGAGGGGGCGGCUCGUGUCGAAUAAUCACCGACGAAGUAAUCCGGCAAAGUGCUGAGGUUCUUAAUCAUGAUGUUUCGAGAUCAAGUCGGCGUUCUCGCAGGAUGGUUUAAAGGUUGGAAUGAAUGUGAACAAACUGUAGCUUUGUUGUCCUUGUUGAAACGGGUGAGCCGGACCCAGGCUCGUUUCCUUCAGAUCUGCCUAGAGCAUUCUUUGUCCGAUUGUACCGAGCUUCACAUUCUCGAGGGAGAGGCAAAUGAUGCCGUAUUCAUUAAUCAAUGGCAUCAAGAAUCCAAGGACAAAGUAAUGAUGUUGUUGCUGACCCAUCUUCCAUUGCUGAAGCCAGGCAAUAUUGAAGCAAAAAUAGAGUAUAUGAAGCUAUUACCUAAAAUUCUGGCUCAUUCUAUUGAGAACAAUCAGCACAUAGAAGAAAGUAGACAACUCUUAUCCUAUGCUUUGAUUCAUCCUGCCACCUCACUGGAGGACCGAAAUGCACUAGCAAUGUGGCUCAACCAUUUAGAGGAUCGCACCUCUGGUUAUGGAAACCAGAGCAGAGGACGCCAUGACUCGAUGGAUUUUGGGCAAACUCUUUAUUAUCACCAAAGACAGAACUCUGAUGACAAGCUCAAUGGUUGGCAGAGCUUACGUGAUUCGGGGAUUUGUGUGUCUGCUUCGAACUGGCCAGAGAAGAGCCAGGCCUGUGAGAAUGGACAUUUACCACUUUAUUCUUCUACAUCUGUACCUACAACUAUCAACACUAUUGGGACUAGCACAUCCACAAUUCUCUCAGGCCAGACACACCACAGUCUUCUGAAGCGUUCAGUAUCUCUUACCCCACCAAUCAAUGUGCCAAAUCAGCCUCUAGGUCAUGGAUGGAUGUCUCAUGAAGACCUGCGAGCAAGAGGACCUCAGUAUAUUCCAUCAGACCAUGCCCCUCUCUCCCCACAGAGUAGUGUUGCUUCUUCUGGUAGCGGUGGGAGUGAACAUCUUGAAGAUCAAGCAGUGACACGUAACACAUUCCAAGAAGAGAGCAGUGGCAUGAAAGAUGUUCCAGCCUGGCUAAAAAGUUUGCGUCUGCAUAAAUAUGCAGGUCUCUUCUCCCAACUCGCGUAUGAAGAAAUGAUGGCACUCACAGAAGUUCAACUUGAAGCACAGAAUGUUACCAAAGGUGCAAGGCACAAAAUUGUUCUCAGUAUACAAAAGCUGAAGGAGAGACAGAAUGUACUCAGAAUGUUGGAAAAGGACAUUCUUGAAGGUGGCAAUCUACGUAAUGCACUCCAGGAGCUGCACCAAAUGAUUCUUACCCCAAUCAAGCCCUACAGUUUCUCUCACAGCCAGAACACAAGUGAGCGCAACCAAACCUUUGACUCUCAGUCCAGUAUCAUGAGCCCGGACAGCAACUUAGGUCGGCUGUCUGACGUGAAGGAUUCUGCUGCAGGGGGCAUUCAGCAGCACAACAUUACAGGGUGCGAGAGCGAAUCGGGAGGUGCUGUGGUUCCAGAGGGAGAUUUGCCUGGACAGUUUACAAGAGUCAUGGGCAAAGUUUGUACACAACUCCUUGUAUCCAGACCAGAUGAAGAAAACAUAAGCUCCUACCUGCAACUAAUAGACAAAUGCGUAGGUCAUGAGGCUUUUACAGAAACACAGAAGAAAAGAUUAUUGUCCUGGAAACAGCAGGUUCAGAAGCUCUUUAGAUCUUUCCCCCGGAAAUCUCUCUUGGAUAUGCCAGGCUAUCGACAGCAAAGAAACUGGGGUUUCGGUCAGUCCAACUCCCUACCAGCAGCUGGAUCUGUAGGUGGAGGAAUUGGUCGACGAACUCAACGCCAAUUCCAGAUGCCCCCUCGAAACCUUCCCAUUGCCCGCCUGGGUCUGAUGAGUCCAAGCGGACUCAUGAGUGCCUCACAGCGAAGCACAGCCAGCAAUCCAGCCAUAUUAAAACAAGGAAGGCAGAACCUAUGGUUUGCUAACCCUGGAGGAAGUAACAGUAUGCCAAGCCGAACUCAUAGUUCAGUCCAGCGUACACGCUCUCUGCCUGUUCAUACAUCACCGCAAACCAUGUUGAUGUUUCAGCAACAAGAGUUCCAAGUGCCAGUGACUGAACCUGAUAUAAACAACAGACUGGAAUCGUUGUGCCUCAGUAUGACUGAACAUGCCUUGGGUGAUGGUGCUGACAGAACCUCAACCAUCUAGAAGGAUAAACUACACCAGUUGGUGCUGGCUCUGAAUCUUAUAAGGGAUCGUGGGUUCAGACCACGUUCACAAGUUCCAGUCACGAGCCCUGGUCAGGGUCAAUUGAAAUCUUGUUUCUGCAAGGUGUAACGAACAUUUUAUUUUUUUGCUCAAGUGUUUGGAUUGUCACUGUGUCAUCAAGUCCUGAAGCAUUGUCAGGCCAAAUAAAAGUACUUCAGUCCAUGAAAAGGAUUUGGCUGUGAAACAACCUCAGAGAAGUCCCAAUUCGUGUGAGCAGAGUAAUCAGUGCAGAAGUGGCCAAUGAGUGGAGUAAUCUUUUGCCAUAGCAAGAGUUGGAUUUCAAGUGUGGUUGGUUACUUUUCUGUACUUAGAAACAUUUGUUUUAAAAAUAUCUAUAAACUUGGAUUAAAAAUGUAUCACCAAAAGAAACAGUGAGACACAUAUGAUGUCUUUCAUCUUGAUUGUACCGGAUAUGGUUGUUGAGCUAUUUUCAGGAUUGAAGUGCUGUCGUCAUGAAAAGGACUCUGAGGAUAAUAAUUUAAGUGCAACUAAAAUUAACUUCUUGUUUACAUAAAUAUAAAGGGUACGUAAAUAUUUUCAGGUAUGCCAUUGUUAUAUGUAUUGUCAUUGUUAAAGCAUUUUUAUCCCCUCUGCAGUAGCAGCAGGUUUGCUCUUUUUGAUUAGCAGCAAAGCUAUGCUUCCAUGGGAUAGUUGCUUAUUCUAAAAUAAAAUGUAAGUGCUCAGUCUGAGUAAGUACAGAUGUUGAAGAUGAUGAAAAAGAGAAAGGAUGUUCUGGAAUGUUGGUGAAUGUGGGAGAGUUGUGAUACCAUAUGAGUUAGUCAAUCAGUUUUGCAGUCAGUCUAACUGUUGGCAAGUAUGCUCUGCUCUUGUUUUGCUUCAGAUUUUUGCCCCCCCCCCUCCAUUCCCUCCCAUCCUCAUUGCAAAAAGACCCAAUGUUUACAGUUAAAUUAAGUUGGUACUUCAUUAAAAUUAUCAGGUCCUAAAUAUUCUCUACAUCCUCUCCCUAGCCACUUACCCAAAGUGUUCAAAAAUCUGCUGUCUAGAGAUUAAGCAUUGAAUAGAGAUGGAGAGAGCAAGUUUAUAUAAUAUACAAGGCAAAGGAAGGGCAAGGUCUAAGAAAAAUCGGAGAGAAACUGGGUGAGGUUGAAUAAAUAUGGACAUUUUGUAAGAAAUUGAGUUGGAAUUGCAGUAUUAUAGGAUAGCAGAGUAUGAAACUAUUUUCAGAAUAAGUGCAUUUAUGUUUAUACAGUGAAUGCAAGUUCAAACAUUUUAUGUGACUCCAUUCAUACUAACACAAAAACCUGUUUAAUGAGAGUCAUUAAAAGUAUUUACAAAUCAGAAUUGAUAUUUAUUCCUCCACUGAUUUAUAGAUGCAGAGGUUAUCUAUUAAUUAGAUGUAUUAUUUUAGAUAUGUUAAGUAUUAACUUGCUAUGGCUGGUAACCAUGAGUAUGUCUCAAAAUAUUAACAUCCAUUUAGUUAAUUUUUAAUAUUAUUGCUUAUUUCUAUUGAUAAGGUAUAGUUGAAAUAUUUACAUUGAUAAAAAAAUGUUUUGCUAAGAAGUGCUGCCUAGUGAAUUAAUUUUAACAUGUGGCUUUGUCUUGAGAACACUGAUGCCAUUUUUUUUUCUGUUGAGUCCUGUAUUGACUGCAGGUGUAGAGCUUGAUUAAUACUAUCCUAUGUAAAUUGAAUUAUUUAUGAAAUGAAUGCAUGCUAUAAGGCUGUGAAGUCAAAUAUCUAGAAAUAAAGCGGCAGUGCCUUUCCUUUUGUAUCUUCCACAUACCCCAAAACAUUAACUGUUUUAUACAGAACAAAUAGCACCAUCAAUUCAAAAACAAAGGUGAUAAAGAUGUAUUCUUGAUAUUUAUGGUCUUUGUUUUUGUUUGCACACUGAAUAUCCUUGCAAGCUCUGCACAGUAACUGUUUUGAAAUGCUUAAUUGUUUGUGGACAUUGGAUAAACUUAGUCGUGGAACGGUAUAGAACAACUUACUGUGGUAAGCUGUGGCAGAUACUGACUGACAUUUUUCAAACUUCUACCAGGUUACUGCAAUGCCUUUACGAGAUUAUGGCUGGAAAAAAUACCUAGUAGUGGGGAUAUUUUAAAGUUCAGAGCAAGGGCUUGCUAUGGAUGUGUGUGCACUAUAUAUGAGAAACUAGAUCAAACAAAUUUUUUAAAAUUGUUUUGUACAAGCUAUCAGGAUUUGAUGAGAUGGCUUUUAUUUUUUGUAUUUCUUUAACGAUUCAGAAAAUAGUGAAUGUUUAUUCCUCUGAGAGGAAUAGGAAGCUAAUAAUAAGUAGUAACUUCCUCCCUCUUUUUUUUAUAUAUUAUAUUAUUCCCUAAGUAUUUAUGGACAGUUUUGUUGAACAGUGUAGAACCUUUUUCUGUCUUUAAAAUACACCAUCCCAUAUUAUUUUAUUUCCUUUGUUGCAUGUCAGACAGAGGUAAUCCCCACCUGGUAGGUGCAUGCAUGCUAUUGUUCUUGUUUUCCUGGACAAGAAAUAUGUUUCUUGCAUAGUUACUGCUGCACAUAAAUGCAUAUUUUUAGUUUGUCACCUUAUGGAAAAAGCACGUUUGUUACAUGUUAAAGCUUUAUGACAAACACUCGUAUGUUUUACUUGCUGUUCUUUGCAAGUGGAUAGUUUUCAAAUGUUCUUGUUUAAAGUUACCAAUGAAUUACUCUUGUGACUUAAAACAGCAAAUGCAACAAUGUAUUUAUUUACUCCCAGUUCUGUCACUUAACUAAAAUGACGGUUAUCUCAUAUCAGCAUUAUAUUGAAAGUGAAGGGAGAUAAUACAAGUUUUUGUAACAUUGUGGUGUAUGUGUUUGUUUUUUGCAAAAUAAAAAUUACACAUCCAGUUUGAACAUU